AUGGACUUGAAGAGUCGGUUUAGCUCCAUUUUUCGCGGACAAAGGCCAAGCAAUCAACCACAACCCCCAUUCGUCACGAACGUCGCUGUUGGCCUGGACGAUCCAAACGUUGAACAUGCUUAUCGUGUUGCCGAUAAUCAAAACAAUGGAAGCAGCAAUAGUAGCCAAUCGGGAGUCAGUCCGGCCCUAUCUGCUCCGUCUACGUUUAAUAAGCAAGAACAGCUUAAACCUGUUCAAGCGGACGUUGUCAAUCCUCCAUCGUAUUCUGAUUCUUCACAAGCAUUUACGCAGUAUCGUGUGAUACUCGCUUAUACGCCUCUGGAACCGGAUGAACUGGCGCUAAACUUGGGAGAUCUGAUCAUUGUUACAGAGUCCUUCGUUGAUGGCUGGAGUCAUGGAUUCUCUCAAGGUAGUGGUCGAUCUGGAAUGGUCCCAAUGGCAGCUCUAGAAAAACUACGAGGACAACAUCUUACUGAUCAUCAGUUAAAGCACCAUGGUUCUAUGCAAAAGAACGUCCAGAUCGCCCGAACGGAGUCUAGUAUCCGAAAUGACGAGUUGUCUGACUUGAAGACUUGGCUGAAUCCUGCAGACUUUAGACUCACCAUGUUUACACUAAAGGAAAAGAGACUCAAGUCAACAAGAGGCUGGCUCUUGGAUGAACUGGACGAAUGGGUUGUAAGUGAUGGCCAAUCAGGUGUCUAUUGGCUAUCUGGUGUAGCAGGUGUAGGCAAAUCCGUCAUAGCUGGUUGUUUUGCAGAUGCUCUACAGAACCGCAAUCAGUUAGCUGCACACUUCUUUUGCAAGCACGACGAGCUUGCUCGGAAUGAUCCAUUUCGUGUAUUAUCGACAUGGGCAUUCCAGUUGGCUGCCUUCGAUCCUGAUAUUAGGAGGUCUUUAAGGGAUUUGCGUGAAUCUGAACCAAACUUUUUAGUAAAUACGCUAUCAGUCGGUCUUCAAUUUGAACACCUCGUAGUAAGACCAUUAUCUAGCUAUCGUGGUGGUAAAGCCGUUAUGCUGCUAGAUGCUCUGGAUGAAUGUGCUGCGGAGGGUAGUAAAUUACGACAAGAGUUUCUCAAGGCUCUUGGUAAAGAGUUCGCCCGUCUUCCCAAGAAUAUUGUACUAUUUAUUACCAGUCGCCCAUUGCAAGAUCUACGAAAGCAAUUAUCAAACUAUAAACCACGAAUGAUGAAAUUGGAAGCCGCCGAUAAUUUGCAUGAUAUAAAAUUGUAUGCAUUUUAUCGAUUGAAACACCUACGGCCUAUCUUGAACUCCGACAAAUUAGUAACUGCACUCGCCGAUAAACUAUCCGAAAUGGCCUAUGGACUUUUCGUAUGGCUUUACCUGGCUUGCGAUGCCAUAGAUACGUCUGACGAUCCAACGCAAACUAUCGUCGAACUAGAUCAACGGUCUCUCGGCAAUGAUGAAGAUCGUAUGGAUACUGUAUAUACUAGAGCUCUGGUGGCUAGUUUCAAAGGAGCUCCCGACUCAGCAAUACAGCUAUGUAAUAAGUUACUAGGAGUGCUCGUAACUCUCCGGACAAUUAUGUCCGUAGACGAUAUAUCAGCUCUAGUGGGUAUGGCUGCAACACUGAUCAAGCUCAACCUGACUCGUAUUGAGUCGGUACUCGUCAUAUCGAAAUCAUCAGUACAGCUCAUGCAUAAAUCCGUGGUCGACUUUAUCACUUCCUCAGAGCGUUGUAUAGGCGACGCCUUGCCAUUCUAUAUCAACCGGCAACUAGCAGAAUCACAUUUAGCUGGAAGGUGUCUUGUGUCUCUACCAGCCAAUUUGGAACUUAAUAUCAUUCAGGUGCAGAUCGAACGUCUCAGGGGUAUCGCAUCCUCCGACACUCCUACGUAUAAAGGAUACUCCCUGAACCACUGGGGCGACCAUCUGAAUUCCGUUGAGCAGAUGGAUAUGGAGUUGACAGAGGUCCUUACUCGAACUCUUCAACUAUAUGGGCGAGCCAUGCUUAUCGUAGCGGUGCUGAAGAACUUGCCAGUCGCUCUCAAACAUAUCCUGAGAGUCGGUGGAGGUCCAAAUUUACUGAAGGCUACCGAAGAACUCAACUUUUUCAAAUCUCCAAUCCUGUUGGAGGCUGCAAUCUCGGGAAACGCUGAAGUCGGUGAGGUUUUGUUGGAAUAUGGAGGGGCUGAUGUAGAUUGUCGCAGUAAUGAUAUCUUUUGGCAGACUCCGUUGUUUGUGUCUUCCUUUACAAACAAGACAGUAGACAUGGUCAAGGUGUUGCUUCGCCAUAACGCUGAUAUUGACUUGCUGACUGGCCUUGGUUUAAAGGCCGACGGAGUUGCUGCAGGUCAACCACUAUCGCUGAUUCUGCAAGAGCGCAUAGGUCGAAAACUGAAACUCGACGAAUCGCACAUGAGCAACGUAAUGAAUUCUGCAAGGCUGGCAGAUGUCGACCGCUUGAAGCAGCUUCUCAAUGCCGAUCUAUCGAUCGACAUAAAUCGACAGUAUCGUGACAGCAGCAACAAGACUUUGCUGCUUGUCGCUUGCCAGUAUGGAUCUGUUGAUGUCGCCAUAUAUUUACUCAGCAUUGGAGCAGACCCAAAUAUAACAGACGACCAAAGUCGAAGUCCACUCCACCAUGCUUGUGCCUAUGGCUCACUGGCCGUUGUCAGAGCAUUGAUCGAAGGCGGAGCAAAUGUAGAUGCAGAAGGUCGUGAUAGUAAAGGCCCUUAUUUCCAAAAUCCCUUUGUAAGGCCUAUUGACUUAGCUUGUGAGAAGGGACAUAUAGAAAUAGUUAGGUGGUUGCUGGAUACAGGGGUCAGUCACUCAGCAGUGGAGGAUGAUAAGAUUCAUCCUCUCUUGUAUGCAGCCAUCGGAGGCUCUGUAGAUGUUGCUCAAUUACUCAUGGCGAAAGGAGCCAACGUUAACUAUCAGAGCAAAUACUUUGGCACCGCAAUAUUUGCUGCCGCCGUCUACGGAGUCCAGAACAUGGUCACAUAUUUCAUUCAUGUCGGAGCAGAUACUCAACUUGGAUGGAAUGCUCCAGAUUUAGAAUUAGACGUCUGUCUAUCACCAGACCUCACACCCUUUACAGGUGCCUGCUGGUACGCGUCUGCAGAAGCUGCUGCUCUCCUGCUUGAUAGAGGACAACCAAUAAACGACAAUGUAUUCUUCAUUGAACUGAAAGUAGGUGGAGGUGUGUGCCGCUGCUCAUCGACACCGCUCAUAUAUUCCGCCAUUUGGAAUCAGCCUGAAUGGACGCGCACCUUGCUAGACAAGGGCGCUGAUAUUGAAGGCUCCAGUUUCCAACAGCUAGUUCCAGAUCUAAUUGGAGGCACUGCUCUAGUCAAUGCUGUAUUUUAUGGUAGAGUUGAUGUUGCGAGGACACUACUAGCAGCCGGUGCUAAUAACAAUGUACGGGUGGUUAAUGGAAAGACGUGCAUGCAUCUUGCAGCAUAUGGUCCUAUGAUUGGAGACCGUGGAAAGUCUGACAUGGUCCGCCUUUUACGGUUUUAUAAAGCUAAUCUGGACGAUAAGGAUCAGGAUGGAAACACCCCCCUAUAUUUGGCCAUCACGAUGAAAGCUACACAGGUGAUGGAUACAUUGUUGGAGCUUGGGGCUAGAAUCGAUAUUGUAAAUAAUUCAGGAAACACGUGUCUGCACGAAGCAGUCAGACAACGAGCAGCUGGGAUAGUCAAGGUCUUGACUGAUAAACGAGCUGAUAGGAAUAUCGAGAACAAGGAAGGCAUGACGCCCUUACAGAUUGCAGUCAAGGAGGGGUAUUAUGAGCUGCUGCAUCUGCUGAAAUGA